AAUUAGUUUGAAUAGAGCCCAAAAUUAUGGCGCAAUCAUAUUUGCAUAUUCAUAUUCGAUUUGCAUUUUUUCCGUACUGCUGAUAUGGGAUGAAUCUAGUAGUACUCAUGAGAUCUCAGUAAUCUGAAGAGUAAAAAAUUUCGUAAUAGGAUAUCAAAUUAGUUUGAAUUGAGCCUAAUAUUUUGGCGAAGUCAGAUUUUCCAUAUUCAACUCGAUUUAAAUUUUUCAUUUACUACCGGUAUAGGAUGAAUGUAUUAGUAUUCAGGAUAUUAUUCUGGGGAGCAAAACAUUUCGUAAUAGGUUUAUGAAUUAGCCUGAAUUAGCAACAAAAUUACUAUGUAAGUUGUAUUAUUCUGGAGAGUUUCUUUCCGAUUGGGUUCUGCUAGCUUAACGGUAAAGCUAGCAGAACUCAGGGAUUUCUCAAAAACCGUAAAUUCAGAAAUUUGGUGAUGGGUUCAAACGUGAGCCUAAAAUAAUGGUAUAAUCAGAAGUCCAUAAGAAAUCGAUCAGCUCGGUGGUUCUGCUAGCUUAACGUUAAGCUAGCAGAACCCGCGAUAUCUCCGACAAUUUGGGAGUAAAUUUUUAAAUAUUGUAAUAAAUUAGCCUAAAAUUCUUGUCUAAAAAAUAUCAAAACUUCGAAAGUGGUUGUGCUAGCUUAACGGGGGUACAGUCUAGGCCUCUCAAUUCCCAAUCGUUUCUUCAUUUACCUACAUUUUUCCGUCGCUAGGGCUGAUACUCAAAAUGUCAGAUUUCUAAAACUCUACCAAAAUCUACCAACAGAUUUCUGCAUACUGAAAAUUUCAUGUAAAUGCGGGGAAAUUACUAAAAAUGUCACACUGGCGAUCAUGAGUGUAAUGAGGCGGGAUUCAUGUGGACAUAAUGAAAACUGCGCAGAAAGGUAUUUGAUAUUAUGGCUUGAUAAAGGUUGUUUAAAUUCACCUCUUCUUACUAUGGAGAAUAUUGAGCAUGAGUAAUAAUACGUACUUUUUCGCAUGAGUUUUGGAAAUAUUGAUUUUGCGAACGCAAAUGGAUGAAAAAAAAGUACCACAUUUUUUGAAUGUUAACAUCAUUUAUUGCAGAAACAAUGCACUCAGUUAAUUUUAAGAAUCACCAUGUAUAAUAUAAUAAUAAUCUAGACAGGUUUAAAAUUACAAGAAGAAUAGAUUUUUCAAUACAAAUAAUUAACACCAGUGACAUCCAUUUCAAGUUUCCGUUACUACACUUCUGAUUCAGUUGAAAAAAUAUCUAUUUGAAGUAAAUAUGCAUUUGCAUUAUUUACCUACCAGAGUGAUACUUUAAGUCCGUGUGUGCUCCGAACUGAAUGAAUACAGUUGAUGAGUAUAGUUCUUGCACAAUGAUUAUAGAAAAUACAAUUCGUCACAUACUUAUUUUGAUUUUUCUCUUUGGAUCAAAAAACAAUGGACAAAACACUGAAGGAAGAAAAUCAAAAUGGUUCGGUAUUGGUAUUGUGAGAAUUGCCAAUAACAUUUGCACAGGAUUAAAUGGUUUAGAUGGAACUUGCUAUACAAGGUUUCAGUGUCAAAAAGCUGAUGGUUUCUCAUCUGGAAGGUGCGCCCAAAAUGUUGGCUACUGUUGUAUAAUACAGCGUACUUGCGGUCAAGAGUCUUCGUUAAAUAAUACGUAUUUCUCCAAUAUGAAUUUUCCAACAUCGGUUACUUCUGGGGGAAGGUGUACGAUGACAAUUAAAAAAUGUAAUUCGGAUAUCUGUCAGGUUCGGAUAGACUUUUUAUCUUCGAAUUUAGCUCAACCCAACGCAAUAGGAGUGUGUAACAGUGAUUCUUUAAUUAUAUCAGGUGGUGCCGGUCCUGUACCUAUUUUAUGUGGAGACAAUACUGGUCAACAUAUUUACUUAGACUUCAACGGUAAUAGUUCUAUUGACAUAAUUACUUCAACACUGGAUGGUCUGAACAUAGGAAGAAAUUGGAAUUAUAAAGUGACACAGAUUGCUUGUUCAUGCCCAACGAGAGCUCCUACAGGCUGUUUGAUGUACUAUACAGCGCUUUCAGGAACCAUCAAAAGCUUCAAUUAUGGUGCAUCAAGAGCUACAAAUCCAGCAACUAAUCUUCUAGGCACCAGAGAGUUAGUGAAUGAGAACUAUGGAGUUUGUGUUUCUAUGGCACCAGGCUAUUGUUCGAUAGAAUGGAGUUCUUGUACAGAUUCUUCCUUCAUCGUUUCAGACAAUGAUGCUGCUAUUAACCCUCCUAGACCAUUGUUUGGGGAAGAUUGUGACGCAGAUUUCGUGGUCAUUCCUAAUCCGUAUUUUCCAAAUGGAACAGCAGCUCCAUCUGAUAGGAUUUGUGGUAAUAGAUUUCCAACAGUGAUCAGUUAUUCGAAACCUUUCGUUCUCACUGUUGUAACCAAUGGAAAUGAAACAAGCAUUCUAGGCCCAGAUGUUGGAAAUAUAGGUUUUUGUUUGAACUACAGGCAAAGACUCUGCACAGCUGAUACUGCAAGCGUAAUAGGAUGAUUUUUCUCAUUAUACUAGUAAUCUAAUGUGUCGUCCUACUUUUUUUUGACAAUUAAAUCGGAAUGAGGCUUUACUACCGUUAAUGUUAUACCAUUAAAGGAGCAUUUCGUUCCUUUGUUAAAUUUGGAACUCGAUAAUUGAAAGAAUAAAUAAACCAAUUCUGAGCGUU